AAGUAGCAGGCAGGCGUCUCUCUCUCUCAACCCUAUCUUGCAGGUGCUGCCAGGGAGGGGACCUGGAACCUUCUACAUGCAAGCAUCCGGGUGCUCUUCCCAGAGCGGCCCCGUCUCCUAAGGGGAAUAUGCUACAGUCAGGGGCGGAGCUAAGGUUUGGCGCGAUGGUGGAUUCCCAGUAUGUCCUGCCCAAUGACAUUGGGAUCGCGACUCUGGACUGCACCGAAGCCUUCAAGCUGCUGUCGCCGGAAGAGCGGCUCUACGCCCACUACCUCUCACGGGCCUGCUGGUACGGGGGGCUCGUGGUGCUUCUUCAGACCUCCCCCGAGGCACCCGCAAUCUACACGCUGCUUUCCCGUAUCUUCCGGGCCCAGGACCCCACCCAGUUAUGGGAGCUGGCACACUCGCUGGGCCUCUCCGAUGAGGAAUAUCAGGCCUUCCUGGUUUACUCUGCCGCCAUCUACGCCAACAUGGGCAACUACAAAUCCUUCGGCGACACCAAAUUUGUGCCCAACCUCCCCAAGGAGAAACUGAAGCAGCUCGUGUGGGGCAGCCAGGCCUUUGUGGCCCACCCGAAAGAGAUGGAAGCCCUGUGGGACAGCUGUGGCGAGCGCAUGUUCUCUCUAGAGUCCACCCAGAAGCAUUUGGGACUCCGGGGCGAGGGUGUCUCCACGUACUUCUCUGCAAACUGCUCCAUGGAAGACGCCAAGCUGGCUCAAGACUUUCUGGACUCUGAGAACAUCAGCGCUUACAAUACGAGGCUUUUCAAGACGGAAGUGGACGGCGAAGCGGUCUACGAGGUGCGCCUGGCAUCGGUGCUUUCGGAUGAUGUCGAGCUGGACGCUGAGAUGUCAGCCAAGAUGAAGUGUUUUGAGUUCCGCGGAUGCAAGUUCACGGUGACACGAGGCGAUUACUGCUUGCUUCUGAAGAGGGUGGUGGAUAACUUGCAGAAGGCCAAGCAACACGCAGCCAACGCCACGCAGGCAGAAAUGCUGAAGCACUACAUCGCCAGCUUCACGCAGGGCUCCAUCAAGGCCCACAAGGAGGGCUCCCGCUGCUGGAUUCGCGACAAGGGACCCAUCGUGGAGAGCUACAUCGGCUUCAUUGAAAGCUAUCGCGAUCCCUAUGGCUCUCGAGGGGAGUUUGAAGGUUUUGUGGCUGUGGUGAAUAAGGCCAUGAGUGCGAAGUUUGCGCGGCUGGUGGCGGCAGCGGAGCGCCUCCUGGAGCAGCUGCCUUGGCCGCGGGCCUUCGAGAAGGACGCUUUCCUCAAGCCCGACUUCACCUCGCUGGAUGUGUUGACCUUCUCCGGGAGCGGGAUUCCUGCGGGCAUCAACAUCCCAAAUUACGACGACAUUCGCCAAACGGACGGCUUCAAGAACGUUUCGUUGGGCAACGUGUUGGCUGUGGCUUAUUCCACCCAAAAAGACAAGUUGACGUUUCUUGCAGAGGAGGACAAGGAUUUGUACAUCAAGUGGAAGGGUCCCUCCUUUGAGGUCCAAGUCGGACUUCACGAACUUCUGGGCCAUGGCAGUGGAAAGCUCUUCGUCCAGGACGACUCCGGGGCCUUCAAUUUUGACCGGAAUGUUGUGAUCAACCCGGAGACAGGGGAACAGAUUCGGAGUUGGUACCGUGGGGGCGAGACCUGGGACAGCAAGUUCUCCAGCAUUGCGUCGACGUAUGAGGAAUGCCGGGCGGAGUGUGUGGGUCUUUACCUCUGCCUGAACAAGGAGGUGUUGGGGAUCUUUGAGCUCAAAGGUGACGACGCCGAAGACGUGAUCUACAUCAACUGGCUGAACAUGGUCCGUGCCGGGCUGCUGGCGCUGGAGUUCUACACGCCGGAGUCUCGGACGUGGCGCCAGGCUCACAUGCAGGCCCGCUUCGUCAUCCUGAGAGUUCUCCUGGAGGCUGGCGGCGGGCUCGUAUCGCUGCAUCACACCACGGGAGCCGAUGGCAAACCCGAUGCGAUCGUCUCGCUGGACCGCAGCAAGAUCCUUUCCGUGGGGAAGCCGGCUCUGGAGCGCUUCCUCUGCAAGCUGCAGGUGCUGAAGUCCACGGCAGAUGUCGUUGGAGGGCGUGCGCUCUACAAGGCCUACUCUACGGUAAACGACGAAGAGCCCGAACGUUUCCUCAGCCUCCGGCACACGGUACUCCUGCGGAAGGAAGCCCGUAAGAUGUUUGUACAGGCCAACACCCGCCUGGAAGGAGAGGACGUAAUACUGGUGCAGUAUGAAGGCAGCGCAGAAGGGCUCGUCCGGUCCUUCCGGGAUCGCUUCCCUGAAGACGCCGAGGUCCUGGACCAGCAACUGAUGGAGUUGGCCCGUGCGGACGCCCAGUACUGGCCUGCCUGCUAGCCCCUCUUGGACAGGGGCCCUCUUCCUCCACCUCACAACCUCCUCCUGUCAAAAAAUGGGGUGCAGCGGCGGUGAACCCCCUGGUCCCCCUCUAAACACAGUCGGCCGUCUCCCCCUUCUUGCGAGCACCUGGGAUGCCUCCCGCUGCAUUGGGAAUGGAAUAAACCGAGGUGUUUGUUAAUAAACCGA